GUUGUCCCUGUCGUCAUCUCUAUAAAUACUAACUUCAUGCCAUUCUAAUCCCUUGCCUAAUCUUUCCCGUUUAGAAUUCAAAAGCUUCUACUACUAACCCAUUUCAUUUCUACUAACAACAUGGCCACCACAAUAGCCGACGUCUUCAAAUCCUUCCCCGUCCACAUCCCCGCCCACAAAAACCUCGACUUUGACUCUCUCCAUGAGCUCCCCGACUCCUAUGCAUGGAUUCAACCCGACUCCUUCCCCUCCCCCACCCAUAAACAUCAUAAUUCCAUUCUCGACUCUGACUCCGACUCCGUCCCAUUAAUUGACCUUUCUCUACCCAACGCGGCGGCCCUCAUCGGCAACGCGUUCCGGUCGUGGGGGGCAUUCCAGGUCAUUAACCACGGCGUCCCCAUUUCCCUCCUCCAAUCCAUUGAAUCCUCCGCUGACACCCUCUUCUCUCUCCCGCCUUCCCACAAGCUCAAGGCCGCACGUACCCCCGAUGGCAUCUCCGGCUACGGCCUCGUCCGUAUCUCCUCCUUCUUCCCUAAACGUAUGUGGUCCGAAGGCUUCACCAUUGUCGGCUCUCCCCUCGACCACUUUCGCCAACUCUGGCCUCACGAUUACCACAAACACUGUGAGAUUGUAGAGGAGUAUGACCGAGAAAUGAGGAGUCUAUGUGGGAGGCUGAUGUGGCUUGGGUUAGGCGAAUUGGGGAUAACCCGGGAUGACAUGAAAUGGGCCGGGCCGGAUGGUGAUUUCAAGACGAGUCCAGCAGCGACCCAGUUCAAUUCGUACCCGGUCUGCCCGGAUCCGGACCGAGCUAUGGGACUGGGGCCCCACACCGACACCAGCCUGUUAACCAUCGUGUACCAAAGCAACACGAGGGGGUUACAAGUUUUGCGAGAAGGGAAGCGGUGGGUGACGGUGGAGCCAGUAGCCGGUGGACUAGUGGUUCAAGUGGGAGACUUGCUUCACAUUCUGACAAACGGGUUGUACCCGAGUGCACUCCAUCAAGCCGUGGUGAACCGGACCCGGAAACGACUCUCGGUGGCUUACGUUUUUGGGCCACCCGAAAGCGCAGAAAUUUCACCGCUUAAGAAGCUUUUGGGCCCAACUCAGCCGCCACUUUACCGCCCGGUAACUUGGACAGAGUACCUCGGUAAAAAAGCGGAGCAUUUCAACAACGCACUGUCGACUGUUCGUCUUUGCGCUCCUAUUACUGGACUGUUAGACGUCAACGAUCACAGCCGGGUCAAAGUAGGCUAAUCCCACCCUAAAACACAGUCAAAUUUGAAUAAAUAAAUAAAUAAUAAUAAUAAUAAUAAUAAUAAUAAUAAAUUUAAGCUAUUUUGGCUGACUAUAUAAAUAUAAUGUAAUUUAAGCCAA